GCGAUGUCAACCGUCCUUACCUUCAAAAAGGUUCCGACCAUGCUUAAGGAGCUAAACGAUCCUCCUCGCUGUCGCCAUAUCGCGAUUUCGUCCUCGCUUUCCUGUAGACCAUAUUUCAUUCGCCUCUUCGUUCGCCCAUAUCGCGCAUUCCACUCUCGCUCCGUUCGGCAACCUACCGCCAAUGUCGACUACUACUGACCAGUUUGACAUUCAUACACAUACCGGUUUUAUGCCUCCGGAGGCCCCUUUGCGUCGUCUUUCUGUUUACCUGACGCAGUAUGAAGCUUGGGAAGUGAUCCUAGAUGAUGCUAUUGGUUUGCGUCUCCAGCUUGGGUCCAAGGAAGACUUGACGAGCGCGGAGGUCACAGCGAGUGCUCGUUGGCGAGCGCGGCUAGAAAAGAUGCCUGUUCUAUCUGGAGAACCUCUCAUGUCUUCAGAGCACUUCCUGCGACGAGCACAUCAUGUCCUCGCUUAUCUCCUCCAUUUCUAUGUCAAUUCCUUGCCACCUUCCACCCCUGUCAUCAUUCCUCAUUCCAUAUCUCUGCCCAUCCUUUCCGUAUCCUGCAAAAUGGACCUUCCGCCAGUCUUGACCUACUCGGACAACGUUCUGUAUAACUGGCAUGUCUCGGAAACGGAACCCCCUAAGGGCGGAUUGUCCAAAGGCGUCAUCGCCGGCCCGGCGGAGAGUAUGCUGGGCCCAAGCUCGGCCGAUAAAGACGCUUUCGGCUUCUAUUCCCCGAAGUUCCCGACCGUCGACAGGGUCACGGUACUCCAGACGUUCACGUCCACUCGGUCCGAAGAGGUCUUCUACCUCGCCUCGCAGCGUGUCGAGCUCGCCGGAGCACGCGCUCUUGCGCUCAUGGAGACCGUUCUGGACGAGCUGUUCCUUUCCGACGACCUCGCGUUCAGGCGAAUCACGUCAUACCUGGAUUCGCUGGCUUCUGUGAUCGCCGAGAUGCAGCAAGCGCUCGAGAGCCUCAAGGACGGCUGCGAACCCGAGGUCUUUUAUGGUGAAGUGCGAGGUUGGUUCUUCGGAGAGAAAGAGGGGAACCCAUGGGUCUGGGAAGGAGCAGAGGAAGCCGGGUUUGAGAAGCCUACCAAGACAAAGGGGCCGAGUGCGGGACAGAGCACAGUCAUACAUGCCUUGGACAUCUUCCUCGGUCUCGGAAACUGUGUCGCAACUCGGGACGGCGAUGCGAGCGCGAACGGAGGCGAAGCCUCGUAUCGCAGUCCCGGCUCUCUACUCCGCGAUAUGCAGGCUUACAUGCCAGAGCGCCACCGCGCUCUUCUUAUCCACCUUUCUGUCACUCCUCGUCAGCUUCGGGCGGCUAUCGAUGGACGAGUGGCUUCGUCUCGCGCUAUGUCUUCGGACGAUUGGGAUUCUGAAAGCCUCGACACGGACACGCAAGCGCUGCUUGAUGCGUACAACGCUUCGGUAGCUGCUGUGCGUUCGCUGCGCGACGGCCAUAUUCGAAUUGUGGCUGCGUACAUCGUAUCGCCUGCCGCGAAUGAGCGUACCCGAUUGACAGAGAAAGGUUCAGCGAAGGACGAUGUGACUGAACUGGAGACACCAGUGGACAUUGGCAAGGCAUCAAGAACAGCUGCUCAGCAUGCGGUGAAGGAGGCAAGAGAAUUGAAAGGAACAGGGGGAACGGACCUUGUUAGAUUUCUGAAAGGCGUGCGCGACCAGACGGCUCAUGCAGCACUAAUUUAGGCUGAGAUAUUUUACGAUAUGCUUUAAAGCUCAGACUUUUGGAGCAUCAAAUAAAACAUACUUGUGAU